AUGGCGUCACUAAAUCUCAUUCAACCUUCGGCCGAUUUAUUGCAAAGCUUGCAAACCAUCUGCCAAGAUGUGGACGAACAGUCAGACGAACAUCUUCUCAGCGAGUUGGAACUUCAUGUUCAACAGGGAGAUUUCACCCUCCGCCUGAUUGCUGCGCAAGAUCGCCUUUUCCUUCAGCAUGAACUCUACCUCAUUGGAUUCAACAAAAGCGUCAAUGAGCUUGAGGACGUCCUUCGUCUAACCAGUGCGCUCUUAGAUAGGCUGCAAGAUCCGUCGGGUAGCUAUGUUGUACGAAGAAGCAGUGGCUUAGCUGAAGAUUCUUUGAGCGGCGAACUAACUUGCGACAAGUUUGCUGCUAAUCUUCAGCACUUACUUCGGAGCCUGCAACAAAUUGCGCUGGAAGCAAUCAUACGCCACUAUCUUAAUGUAAUUGAAGCAAACCUUCUGCAUGGGCAUCUCCACUGGCAACACUCAAAGCGCCUUGGUGAAGGCUGGUUCGCUGAAUGGCCGAACGGUCAUCGUCCACUAAGCACCACUUGGCCAUGGAACAUCAAGCCAUCACUAUCGUACGCAACUAGUGUACCUUUGUAUCCUUAUAUAUCUGCUCCAGAAGACUCUUCCUCAGACCACUAUCCGACCUCUACAGUCACGUGGCCUUAUUGCCAAGGCAUCAACCCUGGUUCAUCUCCGGCAUACGCACCCAGCUACUCUCCUUGGCAGACCCAGUCACCUUUCCAUCCGACAGGAGGUGUAACAACAACACCGCAACGCACUGACCGAAGCAAUAUAGUCCAACCCUAUGUUCAGAGAACCCAAACGGCGGAUACAGGAAAUCCUCAAGUGGCAGCCGGGAGCCUUGGGUUUGGUCUAGGGCUGCACAUGAGCGAUAUGCAAGACUACCCCAGCCCUGGCAGCAGCACCUCGGGCCAAACUACUUCGUCAUAUGUUUCUGUGCUUCCACCAAACGUACUAAGCUCUGGCAUGCCUUUGAUGCCAUCUCCAAGCGUGGCAGGUAGUACGGGUUCUCGUCAAAGUAGCCGCCGAUCUCAAGAACCUCUUCGAAAUGCAGAAGGCUUGCUGUAUUGCAGCCACGCGGAACAUGCACAACAGCAGCCCCCUGUCUUCUCGAGGAAGUGUGAAUGGAAGAAACACAUGGACAAGCACGAGAGACCUUAUGUCUGCGAAGAGCCCGAAUGCGACAAUAUCCGCGGCUUCACCUAUUCUGGAGGUCUACUUCGCCAUCAACGAGAGGUACAUCGCCAGCAUGGCGGGCCCAAAGCAUCUUCCAUGUGCCCUUAUCCAGACUGCAAGCGCCAUGUUGGCGUAGGCUUCUCGCGCAAGGAAAACCUGGCCGAGCAUCUUCGCCGGGUCCACAGAGACGCCGGCGCCGAUCAAACGCAAGAAGAAGGCCCAGAGAGUGCGCAAAAUACGACGUCUGCGACGUCGGGAACCGGGAGAAAGCGUAGGAGAGCGGUGCCGGACGAUGAUAGCGGUGGUGAAGACGACCUCGAACAGGAGGUGAAAAAGUUGAAGAAGGAGUUGCAAGAGAAAGACGAAAGGUUAGAGAAGUUGGAAAGGCAGGUGGAACUGCUGAUCAGGGGUCAAAAACAAUAG